GAGCAGACUCCUCAAACACAAACAUGACCCAGGCAGUCAAGCUCGCCUCCAGAGUCUUCCAUCGAGUCCAACUGCCUUCUCAGCUGGGCAGUGACUCGGUUCUCCGGAGUUUAUCUGAUAUCCCUGGGCCCUCUACACCUAGCUUCCUGGCUGAACUCUUCUGCAAAGGGGGGCUGUCCAGGCUACAUGAACUGCAGGUGCAUGGCGCUGCGCGGUACGGGCCAAUAUGGUCCGGCAGCUUCGGGACACUUCGCACAGUUUAUGUGGCCGACCCUGCACUUGUAGAGCAGCUCCUGCGACAAGAAAGUCAUUGUCCAGAGCGCUGUAGUUUCUCAUCUUGGUCAGAGCACCGUCGCCGCCACCAGCGGGCUUGCGGGUUGCUAACGGCGGAUGGUGAAGAAUGGCAGAGGCUCCGAAGUCUCCUGGCCCCGCUACUCCUCCGACCUCAAGCAGCCGCCGGCUAUGCUGGAACUCUGGACAGCGUGGUCAGUGACCUCGUGCGACGACUAAGGCGCCAGCGGGGACGUGGCUCUGGGCUACCGGACCUAGUUCUGGACGUGGCGGGAGAGUUUUACAAAUUUGGCCUAGAAGGCAUAGGCGCGGUGCUGCUGGGAUCGCGCCUGGGCUGCCUGGAGGCUGAAGUUCCUCCCGACACAGAAACCUUCAUUGAGGCCGUGGGCUCGGUGUUUGUGUCUACACUCUUGACCAUGGCAAUGCCCAGUUGGCUGCACCGCCUUAUACCCGGACCCUGGGCCCGCCUCUGCAGAGACUGGAAUCAGAUGUUUGCCUUUGCCCAGAAGCACGUGGAGCAGCGCGAAGGCGAAGCUGCCGUGAGGAACCAGGGAAAGCCUGAGGAGGAUUUGCCAACGGGGCAUCACUUAACCCACUUCCUUUUUCGGGAAAAGGUGUCUGUCCAGUCCAUAGUGGGAAAUGUGACAGAGCUACUACUGGCUGGAGUGGACACGGUAUCCAAUACGCUCUCCUGGGCACUCUAUGAGCUCUCCCGGCACCCGGAAGUCCAGUCUGCACUCCACUCUGAGAUCACAGGCGCUGUGAACCCUGGCUCCUAUGCCCACCUCCAAGCCACUGCUCUGUCCCAGCUACCCCUGCUAAAGGCUGUGAUCAAAGAAGUGUUGAGAUUGUACCCUGUGGUACCUGGGAACUCCCGUGUCCCAGACAGAGACAUCUGUGUAGGAAACUAUGUUAUUCCCCAAGAUACACUGGUUUCCCUCUGUCACUAUGCCACUUCAAGGGACCCCGCCCAGUUUCGGGAACCCAACUCUUUUAAUCCAGCUCGAUGGCUUGGAGAGGGUCCAGCCCCCCACCCAUUUGCAUCUCUUCCUUUUGGCUUUGGCAAACGAAGUUGCAUAGGGAGACGCUUGGCAGAGCUCGAGCUACAAAUGGCGUUGGCCCAGAUCUUGACCCAUUUUGAGGUGCUGCCUGAGCCAGGUGCUCUUCCAGUCAAACCCAUGACCCGGACUGUCCUGGUACCUGAGAGGAGCAUCCAUCUCCAGUUUGUAGACAGAUAGUCCUGUGGAAGGCAGCUGUCAUCAUCUCUCUCCAGACUGGAUUUUUCUUACUAUGCACAAGAGGCACACUCUCCCUCGAGGCCUGUCUGUCUGAGCAAACUUCAGGAAGCAGGCCCGGGCCUAUCUGUGCUUGACCUGACUCAGCAGGUACCACAGAACCAGGAUCCUUUCUCCUGCUCAGUACCUCUCCUGAUCAUUCCUCAAGAUCCAAAGCCUUCAGAUUUUAACACAUCCUUAAAGGGCCAACUCGGGGGUUAACUAACAGCCCCAGGCAGCCUGGGCAGGGAUCCCCCACUGAUCCUUCCAUGCUUACAGUGUUCACUGACAGCUGUCUAAGCAUCCAUUGCAGCACAAACUAAGUGACUGUGCACCUGGUCUGCACCUGGUCUGCACCUGGUUGCGUCUCUGCCUGACCAUGUGAGCUCUUUGAGAAGAGUGAUGACUACUGGGCUUUUAGCUCUUUUCCUUUUUGGGACACAGUCUUGCUAUUGUACUCCAUGCUGUCCUUGAACCCACAAGCCCUCACCUCACCUUCCCAAGUGUUGGGUUACGGACAUUAGCUAUGGCUUCCAGCUUUAUUAGUCUUUCUAUCUCCUGCCAUGGUCUAUCCCCGGCUAUUUGAUACUAUAUAUUCUCAGAUUGAAUCUGGACCAUGUGGUAGAAGGGAUGACCACUCACCAGGCUCUACCCACCACUUUAUCUUAAUCUUUUCUCUAGGAAAGUGAAUCUCUCCUUGCCUUACAGCAUUUUAAAGCUCCCCUUGGCUGUUCUGCUCUUUAGCCACUCUAAAGUGGAUCCACUCUACUUCUCACCACCCAUCUUUCUGCACCCCAGCCUGUCUUUUUAUAUUAAAAAAAUUGUAUUUAUUAUGUUUUCAAAUAAAAUGUUUACUCCUUG